AUGUUGGAAGGGGUGGUGGCCAACUUACUAAAUCGCUUCCUGGGUAUCUAUGUCAAGAAUUUCGAUGCCAAACAGCUCAACAUAGGUAUAUGGUCCGGUGAUGUAAAGCUUCGCAAUCUAGAGCUCCGGCGCGAAGCUCUCGACCAAUUACACCUCCCUCUCAAUGUCGUCGAAGGCCAUCUCGGUGAGCUCACCCUGUCCAUACCCUGGUCGAACUUGAGGGGAAAACCUGUCAAGGUCGAUAUCGAAGAUGUGUUUCUCCUAGCGGCCCCAAAGGAAGAUGCCGACUAUGAUGCCGAGGAAGAGGAAAGGAGAGCGCAUGCUCUCAAAAUGGACAAGAUUGAUGGUGCGGAGCUUAUUAAAGAGCGAAACGCGGAGGGGAUGAGCCAGGAAGAGCAACGCCGAAAUCAAAGCUUCACACAGAGCUUGGUUACUGCAGUGGUCGAUAAUCUUCAGAUCUCGAUCAAGAACGUCCACUUCCGCUACGAGGACUCGAUCGCUUCACCGGGCCACCCGUUCGCUGUUGGAUUCACAUUGAAAGAGCUAAGCGCGGUCAGCACUGAUUCUGAAUGGAACCCGACCUUCAUACAAUCUACCUCAAGCACGACACACAAGCUAGCUGUCUUAGGUGCUCUUUCCGUUUACUGGAACACAGAUGCUGAACUCCUAGGUACGGGUCGAGGUUCCGACGUGGGCGCAGAGGCACAGGGCAUAGACCAUGCGGAUUUGAUGGAACGGCUGAGGACUGGUAUUGACAACGAGGAAAACAACCAAUUCAUGCUGCGCCCUGUUAGCGGCCGUGCUGGAUUGGAAUUAGACAAAUCAGGAGAGCAUGAUCAAGCGGCCAUCAAGGCCCGUUUGUUGUUUGAUGAACUGAGCUUCGUUCUAGAUGAUGACCAAUACCGAGAUGCAUUGAUGCUUGUGGAUCUCUUCCACUAUUUUAUUCGUCAUCAAGAGUAUAAGAAAUUCCAGCCGAAGUGCCGCCCAAAAGAGGACCCUCGAGCUUGGUUUAAGUUUGCCGGAAACGCUGUCCUCAGCAAGAUUCAUGAACGAAAUAGGCGCUGGACCUGGGACUACAUCAAAGAACGACGGGAUGAUCGCAGAACCUAUAUUGAUUUGUUUAAAAAGCAAAAGCGGGACGGAACAUUAUCAGGGUCAGACGCGGAUGAGUUCGACCGACUGCAACGGAAACUUAGCUACGAAGAUAUACGAUUCUGGAGAUCACUGGCACGGAACCAGUUACGCAAAGAAAACGUGGGCGUUAAGAAGCCUGCGCGACAACAAACGUGGUCGGAAUGGAUAUGGGGUGCUCCAAAGGAGGAAUCCGAGGAGGAAGCAAUGACCGAAGAACAGAGACAGGAGCUGUACAAUGCCAUCGAUUGGGAUGAAAAGAAAGCUAUCUCAGAAAGCGUUGAUGAGCCCAGGGAGUGGGUAAAACUCCAAGUCAACUCCAGCCUUAGAGCCGGCAGUUUCACGCUGAAGCGCGACCCUCAUGGAAAGGCAAACGAAAUUAUGAAGCUGGUAUUCGACAAUUUCAGGGCAAAGGCCUUACAGCGCCCUGACUCUUUCUUCAUAGACGUGAAUCUCGGAGGACUUAGAGUAUACGACGGGACAACGGAGGGGACACUUUUCCCUCAGAUCGUCAAAGUUAAAGAUUCCCUCCCAGUGCCAAAGAACCGUUUAUCACAGAUCUCUGGAAACGAAGAGCUAGAUUCUGAGGAGGUGGCUGAUGGCAUAGAGGAUGAAGAUAGUCUAUUCCAUCUCCAGCUCGAGAAGAACCCUCUGGAAAGUGACGCGGAUUCGGUAGUCAAAGUCAAGUUGAAGAGUAUUGAAGUCCUCUAUAAUCCCAGAUUUCUUGUGGAAGUCGUCAAGUUUUUCGAACCCCCGGAGCGGCAUAUGGAGUCAAUUGGUGCUCUUCUGGAUACGGCAGGGGCUACCGUAAAGGGAAUUCGACAGCAAACUCGAGCUGGCCUAGAAUUUGCUCUGCAGGAGCAUAAGAAGGUCGAUGCACAGUUCGAUAUACAUGCGCCCCUCAUAAUCGUCCCGGAGAGUAUAACUCAAGAGAGCUCACUUUGUUUGAUUCUUGAUGCAGGCCAUAUCAGUGUCAACAGUGAACUAGUCGACAGACAGACCAUGAGAGACCUCCAGUCAAAGCAGAAACGACAAUAUGAGGAGGGUGAUUACAAGGAACUUGAGCAUCUGUUGUAUGACAGGUUCUUGCUCAAACUGGACUCCACCCAAGUUCUUAUCGGCCCUGGAAUUGAUAUCACCAAGUCGCAACUUAGCUCGGACGUCUCCUCGAAUAACCUGCAUAUUGUCGACCGCAUAAAUGUAGAUUUCGUUCUCGAAAUGUGCAUUGUUCCGAAGGUCACUGAGCUUACAAGAACUCGAAUCUCCGGGCAUCUCCCAGAACUACACGUGUCGAUCUCCGAUACCAAAUACAAGGGCUUGAUGAAACUCAUUGAUAUUGCUAUUCCCCGCUUUGACGAGGGCAGCCAGGAAUCUAACUUCUCUGGCAACGGCGCAGAAGAGUCGUCUGCUCCUGGAACAAGAGCAAGAUCUUCGUCCUUCCAGCCGUCAGUCAUGAGAGAACUUCCUGCUGUAGACGAAGAUUCUGACGAGGAAUCUGACGAUGAGAACAUGAGCAAGAGUGUUGAGGGCCCGACGAAUCUCCAUCGUCGUGACUUUGAAUUCAAGUUUACCGUUGGUCGCCUUCGUGGGUCAUUGUUUCGCUCUGACCCGAACGACCAGCUCCAUGAUCACCUGCUAGUUGAAUUGAUUGCUGAAGGGUUUGCGUUGGACUACUAUAUACGCCCGUUCGAUAUGGUUGCAGAAAUAGUGCUGAAGUCCCUUAGUGUGGAUGACUAUAUUGAGGAGAACCCUGCACCUGAAUUCAAAAGAAUAGUGUCCUCCAAAGGCUUCGACGCAGAUGAGGAUAAGGACCUGUUUCAUCUCAAGUUCGUUCGUGUGAAACCUGAAUCCCCGGAAUUUCAGUCCACCUAUGAAGGAAUAGCAAUGAACCUUGAUGUUUCCGUCUCGACUAUCAACCUUGUUGUCACCAGGAAAACGCUCCUCACACUUCUAGACUUUAUCCUUCUCACGUUCACCAAUCCAGAACAGCCAAGCAAUCAAGGCCUUCAGUCAGACCAGUCCAUCCAGAACGCAAGUACCACUGAUCAAGAAUCCCAGCAGGCUGGGAAAAUCCGCAUCAAAGCCGACUUAAAGAGUAUCGCGCUCAUUUUGAACAACGACGGUGUAAGGCUUGCUACCCUCAGCCUCAACACUGCCGAUGUUGGCAUAUUCCUGGUGGGCCGAUCAAUGCUUAUCCAAUCCCGUAUUGGAAGCUUGACCUUAAUAGACGAUGUCAAUACCGGUGCUCCGGAGAGCUCUGAUCUUCGAAGGCUCUUAACAAUCGAGGGAGAUAACUUUGCCGAUUUCAAGUAUGAGACAUUUGACCCGGACAGUGCAAAUUACCCUGGAUAUGACUCGGAAGUCUUCUUGAGGUCGGGUUCAAUGAAGAUCAACUUCUUAGAGGAACCGUACCGUAAGAUCAUCAAUUUCUUGGUCAAGUUUGGCAAGAUGCAAGCGAUCUUCAAUGCUGCCCGCCAAGCUGCGGCGAAUCAAGCAAACCAGCUUCAAGAAAACGCGUCCAGAAUGAGGUUUGACGUCGUCGUCAUGACUCCGAUUUUGGUCUUCCCUGGAGUAGUGAAAGAAGAUCGUCCCCGUGAUACGGUGACGGCCCAUCUAGGUGAAAUAUACGCCAAGAACGAAUUCGUUUCUCUGGAGGAUGAGAAAGACAGCCCUGCUGUCAAUGUAAUAUCUACCGGGAUCCGUAACAUCCGACUGACAUCCAAGUUUCAUUUUGAGGGAGGUGCGGUUGAAGAGCUUGAGAUGAUACAGAAAGUCAAUCUCGAUUUCAGCAUAUGCUAUCUAGAGCAUCAACCAGGAAAUUCACGGCCUGAUAUGGAAUGCUGGGCUUUUGCACCUGAUACGGAACAACAGGAGCUUGAAGCCAUACAAGCGCUUCCAUCUUCUGUGACAGAACCAACAAAGGAGGCAGAAUCCAGAGCAGUCCAAAGCAGAAACGACCAGGAUAAUCUGGUGCCGGGCGCACAGACGAACGAAACUUGGGUCCGACUUGAUCUGGUUUUCAAGGUAGAUGGUGUUGGGUUGGAGCUCAUCCUCUCGAAAGACGACGAGCCAGUCGGCCGUCUGGAAGAUUCGAGUCUCUCGAAGUUCUCCCUCAAUGACACACAAGUGAAAUUGCGCAUGUUGACAGAUGGUUCGCUGGAGUCGGAACUCUUGAUCCACUCGCUCUCGAUCCGUGAUAGUCGCAAUAAGGACACGAACAAGUUCAGGAAGAUAAUGUCCUUAAUCAACAAUGAUGUCCAGCAGCAAUUCAUGGCCAGUGUUUCAAUGUCUCCUGGGCCAGCCAAGCACCUAAUUGCGAUGCUGACCAUUGAUAGCCCGCGAAUAAUAGUUGCGUUGGAUUAUUUGUCCGCUUUGCAAUCAUUUGCCAACUCCGCGUUUGCGACAGAAGAGCCAGUUGAAGAAGAGGAAAGCGACGAUACGCCGGAAGGAUCAGAACCUAGAUCUAGUACUGCAGAUGAUACUGAUGAUUCUGUCAUUACGCCCUCCAGUGGGAACACUCCGGCUCCUCCUGCUGGGCAGAUGACUGUGUCAUUCCGAUUGAAUCUCGUUGAUGCCCAGGUGAUCAUGAUCGCGAAUCCCGCUAUAACUCAUACCGAGGCCAUUGUGCUGGGAACAAAGCAAUUACUUUACUCUCAUCAAAAUGUUUCAGCCCUGCAAAUAUCCAAGGUUGGUAUGUUCUUGUGCCGCAUGGACAAGUUUGAAACCAGUAGGCUUCGCAUAUUAGAUGACUUCACUCUGGAAAUGUCCAUGGACAGCCGCCCUCAGGAAAAGGGCUCUGCUUUGACCUCUAUCAAUGUUCACCUGGAGCCCCUUGUCCUCCGUCUUUCUCUCCGUGACAUCUUAAUGGCUAUUCAAAUUGUCAACAAGGCCUCCGAGAUGAGAGCCCAGAAACCCAAUGAAGGGGAAACCGGCGAGGCGAAGAGACUAUCUGAUGGAAAAGGUACUAGUGCGAAGUCAAGAAGAAAGUCGGUCGGCAGGCCGACCUCGACUGCACUCGCGCCAAGGUCACAUCGCAGCUCCAGCGGGGUGGUUGAUGCGAUCGAACAAGAACUUAUAUCGCAUCGUUCAGCUAUCCUCAAGAAAGAAGAAAUGAAUGCCCAAAUCGAUGGUGUAAGGGUAAUCCUUAUAGGAGACCUACACGACCUACCAUUACUUGACUGGAGUGUCAAGAAGUUUACUGUGGACGUCCGUGACUGGUCAUCGACACUGAAAGCUGACACCAGCUUCGAUACAUUCAUCAACGUGUAUAACUUCUCUAAGUCAGCCUGGGAACCCCUUAUAGAACCAUGGCAGUUAGGCUUCCAUAUGGCAAAGGAGGUCAAUCCUGAUGUCCUUUCGAUAGAUGCCUAUUCUCAUAAGACGAUGGAGCUCACCCUCACCUCUGCCACAAUUGCACUAGCGUCAAAAUCGUUCCAGUUUCUCUCUACUGAUGAAGACGUUCUCUCAAAGCCACGAGGAGCCGAUGCCCCGUACCGAAUCCGUAACCAUACAGGGUUUGACCUUCACGUUUGGGCUGAUGUUAGUGCAGACGAAGAAGGGCCGGCGGCUAAAUUGGCUGAUGGGGAGGAAUAUCCUUGGAGGUUUGAAGACUCGACCGCCAUGCGUGAAACACUCGCACCCGAAGGUCAUGCUGGUCUGGUCGGUAUCAAGCUUGAAGGAAGUGGCUUUGAGAGCGUGAGCCGUAUUCCUGUUGUUCGGGAAGGAGAGAUUUUGUACAACUUGAAGCCAAAGAAAGAUGGCAUUCUGCAUCGACUUCUUGUUGAGGUCAAAUUGGGCACCGACAACGUCAAGUACAUCACUAUCCGCUCUCCCCUGGUCGUGGAGAACAAUACCCAGAUACCAGUGGAACUAGGCGUUUUCGAUCCUCGUGACGGCCAUCUUUUGAAAAUAGAGAAGAUCCUCCCUGGGGAUUCUCGGCCUGCGCCUGUGGGAGCUGCAUACAUGCAUUCUCUUCUAAUUCGGCCUGACCAAGGCUUUGGCUAUGAGUGGUCGAACGAGCAACUACAUUGGAAAGACCUUCUGCGGCGACCAACUCGGACAAUAAAAUGCAUAAGUGAAAGUGGACAGCAAGCGCCGCCGUUCUACUUCCAAAUGAAUGCUACGUUCAAUUCACGGGAUCCUCUAACGAGUACAUAUCCGUGCAUGCGUGUCCGGAUAUUUGCCCCUGUGGAGAUACAAAAUCUCCUCCCUUACGAUUUCAAAUACCGCAUCUAUGAUAAGAAUACGAGGAAGGACUGGACUAAUUUCUUGCGGAAAGGGGGCGUAAGCCCAGUCCAUGUUGUGGAACUAUCCCACUUACUGCUUCUCAGCAUCGACUUGGAGGAUACUGUCUUCAGCCAAAGUGAUUUUGCUAUAAUCAACGGCAAUGCACAAGACUUCAGGAGAGAGCACGUACUGCCUUUGAAAGAUGAAAGAGGCAUCCAACUGAGGUUGAAGCUUCACUAUUUCAACGUGCCUGAUAGUGGAGGCGCAUUCAAGGUAUCAAUCUACAGUCCAUAUCUCGUCUUGAACAAGACAGGCCUCUCGAUGGAAAUACAAAGCAAAGGCUUCUUGCAAUCAGCUCGAUCAGCAGCUGGACAAGGGCUGAGGGCUGAUCCAAGGAACGGUGGACGAACGCUCCCUUACAUGUACUCCUAUCCAAGCGAGGAUCAGAAGAACCGAUCCAUACUGAGGAUAGGCGAUUCUGCCUGGAGCAAGCCUCAGAGUUUCGAAGCCAUUGGGAGUACAUUCGAAGUUGUCCUUCCAGAUAGACAUGGUAGAUCUGAGUUCCAUUCCGGCGUGACUGUUGCUGAGGGCGAAGGCAAAUACAAGAUGACCAAGGUUGUCACCAUUGCGCCUCGUUUUGUUUUGAAGAACAAGCUUAAUGAGGAUAUUCUGGUUCGAGAGCCAGGGUCUUCCAAUGUUCUUAAUAUCAAGAGCGGUGACCUUGUACCUCUGCAUUUCUUGCGCCAGGUUGCCGAGAAACAACUUUGUUUGUGCUUCCCCGGCGUCAACAACCAAUGGUCGUCACCUUUCAACAUUGCAGACAUUGGUACAGUGCAUGUCAAGCUUGCCAAGGCAAAUCAACGCCAAAAACUCAUAAAAGUGGACGUUAUCAUGGAAAAUGCAACUCUUUUCCUGCAUUUCAACCUGGAACUACGAAACUGGCCGUUUUCCAUGCGAAACGAGAGCGACAUGGAGUUCAUAUUUUAUCAAGCUAAUCCAAAUGUGGAAGAUUACGAGGAUGACAGGACAAAUGGCUGGCGGCCGAUCCGCUACCGUCUUCCACCUCGAAGUAUCAUGCCAUAUGCCUGGGAUUAUCCAGCCACAAAGAACAAAUCUCUCGUUCUGACUUGUAAUGGCAAAGAAAGGCAUAUCAAGCUUGCCGAGAUUGGUAAUCUAAUACCAAUGAGGAUCCCACCAACGCAAUAUGGUGAACAUCAGAAGAUUGUCGACAUUAAUAUUGUGGCCGACGGCCCCACUCAGACUCUAGUCUUGUCCAAUUUUAAGGCAUCAAAGAGCAUGUAUAGACAGCAACGAGGACAGACCUCUCAGGGCAGUCUGAGCACCGGGUUCGAGGUUAAGGAGUUGGAUUCUGACGUUAACUUCAAAGCUCAACUCCGCCUUGGUGGUAUUGGCAUCUCCUUGAUCAAUCAGAACAUGAGAGAGCUGUUGUACUUGACCUUCCGCGAGAUUGAUAUUAAGUACAGGGAAUCCAUGGUUUAUCAAACGCUGAAUACCACAAUCAAGUGGAUCCAGAUUGAUAAUCAGCUUUAUGGAGGUAUUUUCCCCAUGCUGUUGUAUCCCAGCGUUGUUCCAAAGACCGGAAAAGAAAUGGAGGCACAUCCAAUUUUCCACGCCAUGAUUACUCGAGUGAAGGAUGAUUCCUAUGGUGUACUCUACAUCAAGUAUGCUACUGUGCUUCUACAACAAAUGACACUAGAGCUUGAUGAGGAUUUUGUUUUUGCAAUGCUGGACUUUGUGAAGGUCCCUGGUGCCUCGUGGUCAGAAGAAGAGGAAGGAAACCUUUGUGAGGAAGAUCUAAGGAUCCCGGAGCCUCGAAGUGAAGGUGCUGGGCAGGAUGUUUACUUUGAGCUUCUUCAUCUGCAGCCCAUGCAGCUUGACAUCUCUUUCAUGCGGACAGAGCGAGUGAACGCUGAAGACACUAUGCAACCAUCGAAUCCUUUGAUGUUCUUUGUCAAUGUUAUGACCAUGUCGAUGGGCAACAUCAAUGAUGCACCUGUUCAACUUAACGCACUAAUGCUGGAAAAUGCUCGUGUAUCGCUUGGAGUUCUUGUUGGCAACAUUCAGAGACACUAUACCCAGGAGUUCCUCCGACAAGUGCAUGUCAUCCUUGGAUCUGCAGAUUUUCUCGGCAACCCCGUUGGAUUGUUCAAUAAUGUCAGCUCUGGCGUUGCCGCAAUCUUCUACGAGCCAUACCAAGGACUAGUUAUGACUGAUAGGCCUCAAGAACUUGGUUACGGUAUUGCUAAGGGGGCCACAAGUUUUGUUAAGAAGUCCGUUUUCGGAUUCUCCGAUAGCAUGGCCAAACUUACCGGAAGCAUGUCUAAAGGUCUUGCUGCUGCCACAUUAGACAAGGAGUUUCAGGACAAGCGGCGGAUGUCUAAAUCUCGAAACCGGCCGAAACAUGCAUUAUAUGGUAUCACAGCUGGUGGUAAUGCAUUCGCAACCAGCCUAGCAAGCGGUAUCGGAGGACUCGCACGUCACCCACUGCAGGGUGCUGAAAAGGAGGGUAUCCAAGGGUUCUUUAAGGGUGUUGGAAAGGGUGUCUUAGGUCUCGCUACGAAGCCGGCCCUUGGCGCCUUUGAUCUUGCCUCAAAUCUUGCUGAAGGUGUACGAAACACUACUACUGUCUUUGAUGCAGAGGGCCUGGACCGUGUUCGUCUCACGCGCUUCAUUGCAACAGACGGCAUUGUGCGACCAUAUUCACAGCGGGAGGCACUGGGUCAGUUCUGGCUCAAAACAGCGGAUGACGGUAAAUAUUUCAGCGAGGACUAUAUUGCGCAUUUGGAACUUCCCGGAAGAGACAUGCUGGUCAUGUUGACAUACGACCGGAUAAUGCUUGUGCGCACCAAGAAGCUCCAGGCUGAAUGGGAUAUCCGCUUGACGGACAUCCAAACAAUCUCUAAAGAGCGCACUGGUAUGAGUAUUACCCUCAAAGGGGGUGCUAAUGGUCCAUUUAUUCCGGUGCAGGAUGAGAGUUCAAGAAACUGGCUGUACCGCCAGAUCGCCAUUGCUGUGAAUGCAUUCAAUGAGAAGUACAACAGCAGAUGUUAG